AUGUUUAAACAACUCAAGUCAAAUUUCACCAAAGCGAGCAACGAGCAGUCAGAUAUUGAUGGAAAGAAUGCGGGUUCCAUGGAUUCGGAAAAAGUGUCUAUUAAAAAAAUAAGAGCAAUGUUAUAUGAGGAGUCAAUGCAUUUUAGCGAACACAACACAUAUUAUAAGAGUUCAAACCUUCAGAAUUAUAAUAACAUAGAUGCUUAUAUGGAUAGAAUAAAGAAGUCCAAUUAUGCGAGGAGUUAUGAACAAGAGAACAUAUACAACGAAGCUUUAAAUUUAUAUAAUAAUAGAAAUGUGUAUAUAAAAAAAAAGUAUUUGAACGAUUUCUACUCAAACAUAAAGAGAAAUCUCUACAAGAGUCAAUACUUCGGCGAUUACGAGGAUGAUAUGGAGCAGGAACAGCACACGGAUGGACGGCAGGCACACCAGCAACAGCCGCAACAGCUGGAACAGCUGGAACAUCAGGGAGAAAAAGAUGAGGGCAUAGCAGAUAAGGAGCGGAAGGAAGGGGAUGAUGAGGCGUCUGCAUUCUUAGUAGCUAAGGAAAGUAUUGUUGAAAGAAAAAUAUACGAAUAUCUGUAUAAGGAGCGGAAGAGAGAGCAGCUGAUGAUGUUCAAUGAAAAGUAUAAAGAUCUAUUUCGAGGGUCUAGGGGAAAUUUGAAAAAUGGGAAUGAAAUGAAUGGUAGUCGGAAGAUAUUACGUCGACACGACAGUGUUUCCUAUGCAUUUAUGAUGACAAACAAUGGUGGUUAUAACAGCGGCAACAAUAACAUAAGCAAUGAUAUCAGCAGCAAUGAGAACAGAGACAAUAACAACAUAGGUUAUAGCAGCAUAGGCAAUAACACAGGUAAUAGUAACAUAGGCAAUAACAACAUAGGCUAUAACGGCAUAGGCAAUAACACAGGUAAUAGUAACAUAGGCAAUAACAAUAACACGAAUAUUCUGGCCGAUUUAAGGGAAUUGCACAGCAUGAGCGAUUCGAAUAGCUACAAAAGCGAAAAGGAGGAAAAUUUUUUGGAAACACUGAUAAAGUUAAGAUAUACGCCUGAGCAUAUAUCUCAACUCAGUGAUCUCUUUGAAAAUCCAAAGACACUAAAGAAGGUCAAUAUGAAAAUAUUAAGAUGGCUCGACUAUCAAUUAAUUAAUGGUUACUGGUUAGAACGUUUAUCAUUAUUUCUGUUAGGGUUAACUAUAGCUAUAGGAGUAGGAAACAUCGAAACAUUUUGGUGUUUAAUGUCAACAUGGCAUGGUGUUAUAUUCGUUUUGCCAUACAUUCUUUGUUAUUCUUUUGUUUGUCAUCCUAUAUUAUCUUUUGAAUUAUAUAUAGGACAGUUGGUUAGAGCAUCAUCUCCAUUUAUUUUUUAUAAGCUUUUAAAACAGUGUGCUUCAGUAGGUUUUCUAAUGGUAUUAACCUGUUUAAUAAAUAGUUACAUUAACACAUACAGGAUAUCAGCUGAAUAUUUCAUCUAUCUGAUUAAUUCUUUUAAAAGAGAAUUACCAUGGAAAUUAAAUCAAAGUGAAAUACAGUUUUGCACAAAUUUUAAAGAUGAUUUUCUAAGUUGUCAUAAGUAUAGACCAUUAUGUUUGUUUUCUAAAAAUACAUCUUCUUGUGUACCUAAUAGUUUAGGCAAAGCUUUCCUUAUUUAUCAUAAUAAAUUUUUUCCAAAAAAUCGUUUAUAUGAACAUUUAUUACAUAUUGAUAAUAGUAAAAACUAUGUUCAUAUCUUUUCUAAUGGGAAUUCUUAUAUAGACAAAGACACUUUUAUAUGCUUAUUUAUUUGUAAUUUUCUUGUUACUAUAUUUCAAUUGUGUGGACUCACUCAUUUUGCUUUCUCCUCAGCACUCGUACUCCUCUUGAUAGGAUGCUUGUCCGUCACUCAGUUUGCCUCCAUGUUCAACUUGAGCAGCGCUUUCCAGGCUUAUUCCCAAGUUCUCAAGUCGUGGGAAUUUUCGUAUCUGUAUACCUACUCGUCCAUUUGGUCCCAGUGCGUCUCCUUCGCCCUUUAUGAGUUGUCCAUCGGCAUGGGGAUCUACUCCUCACUAGCCACAAAGACGAGAAUUGGAACCAAUUUGACCCUAGACGGAUAUGCCAUUACCGUGUGGAAUUCAAUCAUUUCCUCCCUUAUGUUUUUUUCUGCAGUCUCUGUCAUCGGCUUCAUCGCGAAGAGCAUAAAUUCGAACUUCAUGGACAUGCUCGAGUUUUCAAGGAAGGACUGCUCGUUCAUUCUUUUCCCAGUUGGUUUUACGUAUCUUCAGAAGAUGGAGAAAACGCUGUGCAUGUUGUACUAUGGCUCCUACACCAUCCUGUCAUGUGCUACCCUCGCUAUACAAUGUGAAGUGCUAGUUAUGACUAUAAGGGAUUUCAAGUUUACGAAAAAUGUAAAGAAAAGAACGAUAAUUUUAUCCUUAUCACUGUUAUUUUUCUUUUCCUCCUUUUUUAUUUCGAACAUUGAUUCGAAGAAUGUUAUUUGGUUUCUGUCUUUCACUAUUUCGGAAAACGGACGAGUGUUCGUUUCUCUUAUGAUAUGCAUCAUACUGGGAUGGCUCUAUAAUAUCGAAGCACAGUUUAAGGGUCUGACAACCAGAAGUGUUCUAACAUUCAACAUUACCUACUGGACCUUGAACUUGUUCUUCAGCCUUUUAUUCAAUUACUUACCUUAUCAUGUUUAUGUUUUAUAUAUGAUUAGACUAGCUAUAUUUCUAGUAAGUACUCUAGUUGCACUGCUAGUUUUAAAAAUGGAGGUUGCUCAGAAGAAAGGACAGUUGGAGCAUAUUUACAAUAAACUUACUUAUAAGAAACUUUUGUAUGUGUUAUACUUGGGGAAUAUUGAGGUCCUACGAAAGGAACUACAGCGAAUCAUAAGUGGAACCUUAUUUAUGGGAAGUAUAUCAAUAAUGUGGUCUAUUUGUAUAAAGUAUAUAGGGACCUCUAUCUUACUUUCUGCUUUUAUCGAAUUUGCUGAUGGUAUUUUUUACAGUAAUGAAUUAAGGCGUAAGGUCAAAAUUAUACCAAAGGGUUGGAUUAUUUUUUCCAUUUUGUUUUGGGUCUUCACCUUCCUCCUUUUGUUCCUUUUCCCGUUUUUUGCGAAUGUAUUCGAAAGGUUGUGCACCUAUGAGGACUACUUUGCGGAUUUCUCUUUGCUGCCAUCGAAACCUUUAAAGGAAACCCAGAACUUCAACAUUCUCAUGUAUUUUUAUGAAUUUAGAAAAUUUAAGGACACAAAAAAAGCAAAAAAGAAAAAAAUAUCAAUUAAUUAG